AUGAAGCAGGGGCAAGGGGCUCACCUCUCUGGGCAGAGGAUAGGCCAUCAUCCUACUGCGCAGAUGAAUCCGGGCGAUGGCGAUGGCAAUGGGCGGCAUCAGGUCGCUUCAGGUCAUGCUAGUGCGGAUCCUGAGUUAAUGAACUUGCGUAUACGCAUGACCAACAGGAUUUGGGAGUUACUUUCAAGGGAACCUAAGCUUCAAACAAGGCCUAGAAAACUGGUGUCAGACUUGGCAAAACGGUUUGAGGCAGUUAUAUACAAGAAGAAUCCAAAUAAGCAAGGUCAACAAAUGCUGCAGCAAUUAACAUCUUCUUCCAGUUAUGGCACAACAAUUCCAAUACCUGAUGUGGUUCAGAAUGCAAGUGGAAAUACUAGAGCGCUCUAUGAGAUGGACAACACAAGUGGUCCCAUGUCUAACGGACACCACCACUUCUCCGCCAAUUUCCCACUACAUUCCACCACUAAGGGUGCCUCAUUAGAGAUGAGUGCAGUGAGCAUGCAAGAAGGGAAGAUAACCCAUAUGAUCCCGACACCAGGAUCUAGCAAUCAACAAAGUUUACCUGGCAAUUUUCAUUAUUCAACUGGAACUGGAUACUUGAAUGGGAAAUCAAACGUCAUGGCACAAAUGCAGGAGCAGCAGGCGCCAUUUGCUAGUAAAAUUAAUUGCUGUCCAGUGCAGCGUGAUCUUGGUGGCUAUGCUGGUUCUGGGGUACAUUCUGACAUACUGAACAAUUCAUCCCCGUAUGGUGUAUCGGAAGCACAUAUGAUUGAUGCUCCUGCAGAUAUAGCUGCCUCUACAAGUUUUAAUGGCACCGGUUCUUCUGCCUUAUCAACUACGAGUUAUCUAGAUAUGACUACUGUAAAUUCGCUGCCUAAAUCAAGAAUGGAUUCUGGGUUGAUUAUGAGUCAGCCAACCAUCCAGUCCUUUCAAACAGAGUAUUAUAUACAAACUGAAGGAUUGGAUCUGCAAGAAAAGAUUUCUCUUGAACAGCUGCAUCAGCAGGUGAAUCAGCUGCAUCUUAUUCAGCCUCAUUCCCAGUAUGCGCAGAACCAAUGUAGCUUAAAGCUCCAGCAGCAAAAUUCACUGCAUCAUCUUGUUAUGUCGAGGGGAAAUGUAUUGACGCAAUGCCAUCUUGGUUCUGAUCAUGCUGAGAAACUAUUGGACAAGAGAAAUCAAUUGCACAGUGAACUGGUGUCUUCACAAAUAAACGAGCAUGUUGGCCUGACAAAUCUCCAGGGCCAUUAUGAGCAAACACAAUAUCAUGAUAAUUACAAAAAGGGCCAAAUGUCUGCCAGUUCUCAGAACCUUGGUAUCCCAGCCCCUCAUGAUUUGUUGCCUCCACAACAGCAAUUCGAUGAUGGUUCAUACCGUCUGAGUUGUUUCUUGAAAGAAACAUACACUAAACCAUUGCAACCACAUUGUAAAUCAAAACCAAUGAAAGAAGUGAUCAUGACUAGUUUGCUGAGUGGAAAGAUCCAGGAUGGUUUUUGUCAGAAAAAAAUGGCACGAGAUAGAGAACAUCAUCCUAUUAUAUCUGGUUGGCACAGUGCUGGCUGCGCUGCGACUUCAUUUGGAUCUGAAGAAGUCAUGGAAAACACUAAACAAUACCAUGCCCAGGCACGUUGGUUACUAUUUUUGUUCCAUGCAAAAUCAUGUACAUCUCCUCCAGGAAGUUGUAAAUCUUCAUAUUGUGAUCGUGUACGGGAGUUAGUGGUUCAUUUGACGGACUGUCAAAUAAAGGACUGUUCAUAUCGACACUGUAGGGAGUCAAAGAUGGUAUCUGAUCACUAUAAGAAUUGUAUUAACGAGCAUUGUCAUGUUUGCUGCAAAGCAAAAGAAAUGUUGCGUCGCUCUUCUGAACUGGCACAUAAACAGAAUCCUGCUGAACCUAUACUUAUUACUCAGCACAAUAUGAAUCAAAGAAGUGCCGAUAGGGUACAUGGUGAUAGAAUGGACAUUGACCAGGCAGUUGAAACCUUUGAUGACCAACCACCAGCAGCAAAGCGUCCAAAGUUGCAGCUUGUGUCUCCCGAUGCAUCUGAGAAUGUCCCUGUCUGUCAAAAAAACCCAGGGUUUAUGUUGCAGGAAGCCCAUCCUAGACAGCUUGAUCAGAACAAAAAGAUGGUCCCUGAUCAAGAGGUAGACGUGGGGCUUGAUAUCCGACAUCCACAAGUUACUUUAGUCAGCUGUCAUGGUAGUGAUGAGAAAAUUGGUGCUGCGCAAAAUACUGUUAUUCCUGGUGCUUUAAACAAGAUACAUUGUCAUGUCCAGCAAGAAACUGUUGUGGCUGAUAAAGAGAGUGUGACUGUUGUUGAUGUUAAGAAAAAAACAGGCUCUGUGGAUGUCACGAUCUCCAAAACUGGGAAACCAAAGGUAAAAGGUGUUUCACUCAUGGAAUUGUUUACUCCAGAACAAAUACAUGAACACAUCAACAGUCUAAGGCAGUGGAUUGGUCAGGAAAUUGAAUUUGAAUUUAAAGCUUCAUCUGGUUUAAAAAUUUCUGGUCUGAUGUGGAAAUUAUUGCCUUGCACCAUGACCAGUACAGCAAACCAUAGUGUAUGCAUAUCUGAUGUGCCUGGUGUUUUGCUUAAUUUAUUGUUUGGAUUCAUGUUUUAA